UGUAACGAUGGCCGAGCACGUGUACCAGACGUUACGCAAGAUACUGGCGACGCACGAAAACAAAACCGAAACCGAGAUGGAGAAGUACAUGCUGACGCUACGGGACGAAAACCGCUAUCACGAGGACAUCUUCGGCAUCACACUGCGGACGGCCGAAAUACACAACAAAUCACGUGCCAACGCCCGCAUUCGAAUGGGCCAGUCCUGUUCGAGUUAAACAACCGAGCCGGGGACCCGAGAAAACAACGAGCAAUACAAGACAGGUGGCAGACAUGAUAAAUAUUUAAAAGCGGAACAAUUUGAAUGGAGCACAGUCAUAGUGAAGCAGAAGAACUAAGAAAGCAAUUCCUACUAUAAACUGUAAGCAUAGACCCGCAUAAGGUCCCCAGACCAUGGGUACUGGACAGUGGCACAAGUUUAUCGAGAGCUCUCUGCUCCACCUUACGGCGAUCGGUUUGCACGAUUUCUUCUUCAGGCCAAUUACCGACCUCUUAAUGUUGCACCAGACCUUUUCACAAUCUACUGCACCAACCUACUUACUUACGAGUAAGCGAAUUUAAAUCUUCGAUCGGCAAGUAUAAGGGCGUACCACAACACAGGCGAGCUAGAGGAAUCGGGAAGAGAAUUCAUUAAUCUUAUACAUCGAAUGUUAGUCAGCAGCAGACUUCAACUACAAUCGCCCAGACCAACAAAAAACUGAACGAUAACUGUUAACAAACCCUUGCUUACUAUCGUUGCAUUGCGUUGCUGUUUAUGUACAUGCUUACAAUGCUAAUCUUAUGCUAAAACAUAAGAGACAGGUGGAUGUGCUAAUGGGCCUAACGCGCUGUCUCUGCGAAUCUGUGCACAAGUGUCUUUCUUCACGUCCUAAAUGAUCAAAACCAAACCCCGAACAAACGCUACACAUAGUUUUACCGUUUUUAACAGCAAGUUAACAUGUUUCACUGUUUAUAUAAAUACAUCAAAGGAAUGUGUAUAUUUUAUUGAGUCAUUCGAGUCACACCGCAACUGCACUCUCAUGCAUCCUUCGUGUUCGCAAACUGAUAACUGAUUAAAGUGAUGAGAUGGGCGGCUGCAGAUUGCAUACUGAACUGUAGGAUAGACCAAUAGGAAUUGUGAGAGGAGCCAGCGAGUGCCAGGGGUGCCGGGAAGGAAUGGAUUGUUUGGGAAAACCUCUCGAAAGCGCUUGAAACACGUUUCUACCGGGGGCCCGAUUGUGAUCAUGCAUCUAGAUAGUGGAUAGGAAUGCGUCAGCGGUAAACAGCAGGAGGCAGGGGAAUGUAAGGAGCAUAUUCGAUUAGCGUUAGAAACGAUUUUACAAAAGCAAUGGAGCAAUGGUAUGGCCACUAUUACUUACCUAAUUGUUAUUGCUAUUUGCUGCACCGAGGUGCCGGGAUACAUUCCGAUCGGAAAUAAAACGCAGAAAUAAGGACAGAUCGGCCACAACAAACAUGAAAAACUUAACAUUCAAAAUGGCCUGAGAGAGAUCGUAUCCUUGCUUUUAACAAACUCUCGGUGGAUGUGUCUCCUUGUCAUUCACACUCUCUACCUUUCUAUCUCUCCGUUGUAUAUCGUGUACGUGUUUGUAUCUCGGUGUGUAUCUGGUCAAUGUAAACCAAACUCGCAAGGAAGCAUAAAGGCAAACGAAAGCGAACUGACACGUGAGCGCAACUGGGCAGUUUCCCGCUCUCAAAUUGAACAUUGUUGAACCGAAUCAAAUCACAAACAUAGCUAAAGUCAAAAAAUGAGAAACAAGUAGAAGAAGAGGACCGUGAAGAAGAAAAAGAGAAGCAAGACGAAGUAGAAACGAAAUGAUCGAUGCAACUCUACGAAAUCAAACAAAACACUUAGCUAUACAGAUACAAAAAUAUAAAAUUAUUCUAUAUACAUAUUAUACAUAUUAUACAUAUUAUACAUUUCGAUUCUAUUCUUAUACACACACACAUUCCAAAGCCCACCUCUCCGCUGGUGAGCGACUUUAAAAACAAAACCCACAGUAAAAACAGCAAAAAACCACGGAAAAAGACAAAGCUAUAUACAUCCGUAUUCCUAAGCCACCGACGCCAUCGCCUAUCGGAUAGGCACUUUACUCGAUUUUCUUGAAAUCGCACACCCACAUAUACACAAAAAGUCUAUUCUCUCAGCGCACAAAAAGAGCAAACUGUCGUUACUGUGUCAUGCCCGUUACAUGCGCUAGUUAAGCAGCAUUUCAAACAUUUCGAUUCGACCAUAAUGUCACCGAGCAGGAGAUGAGCAGAAGUGGGUCCCGAAGCAACACUUGCAUCCAAAUUCCACAACACCGCAUUAGAACACCGUCAGAACUAGAAUCGCUCGAGAACGAACGCAGUUCCAUUUUCUGGCACAAAACACCACGGAUUUUCGGCGAUACGUCAGCGCGGUUGCCGCUCAGUUCUGCAAAUUUCAGAUUGAAACAUCAAAAACGAAUCGGUUAAAACGAAUAAAAACAAAUAUCUAUCACACGCGGGACUAGGACGCUCGUAAGGCAUAUUCUGUGUCGUUAAUGUUUGAAUUAUUCGUGACCUCUACGAUCAGAGAAAGAAAAUACCAGCUUCCUGGAGGGGGAGCGUGGCCUCUAUGUAACCGACCGCGACAAAUCUCCUUGAAAUG